AACGUUAGCAUCCGGCUAACUCAUAACUUCCCGACCGCUGUCUGUGAGUCUCGCCUCCAACUUGAGAAUGCUGAACGGGCUGAGCAUCGAUGGCGGAGAGCAAUGACUGAGGAGUUUGAUGACGAUGUGGUAUUUGAGAACUCCCCACUGUUCCAGUACCUUCAGGAUCUAGGGCACACCGACUUCGAGUCAUGUCCGACGGUGUCUCAGGAGGAGGAGGAGGAGUACGGAGGUGCAGAGGGAGACCUCAACUCUGCUGGCCAAGAUAAGCAAAAAACUACAGGAGGAUGUUUAUGGAGACUGGUUGAGGCCUUGAGGAGAUGGAGUCCCCUUCACCAGGCAGCUGAAUCUCAUAAGCUGGAGCAGCAGCUGGACAGUGCUUUUGGCCAGUACUCGGUCAGAUGCAUCCUGGACCAGGACGUGCUGUUGCAGGAGGAUGUGGAGCUUAUCGAGCUUUUGGACCCGAGCUUGCUCACCUUCGGCUCGUCGCCUUCCGGCUCCCCAAGCCGAGUGAGCUCCCUGCCCAGGCUGAGUCUCGUCCCCAGGCUAUCACUAUGGGACGUAGCGGGGCUGGUGGGAGUGGCUGCCAUGCUGUUAGGAGUCUGUUCCUCUUCUGGGAGCCUGUGGUCUCUGGCUGCUGCGCCGUGGGGUCUGGCUCUGCUGGGCUGGAUGGGAAAGAGGGGCCUGGUAUUGUGGAGACGCCGACGCAUGCAGAAGGACGUCCAAACCAGGGCCAACCGGCUCCAGACUCUGGUCCAUAACAGCAAAACUCUGACGGGACUGGCCCGAAAAGCUCUGCGUCUGGUGCAGGAGACAGAGGUCAUCUCCAGAGGGUUCACCCUUUUGCUCGACAGGGUGAGUGCGGCCGGAUCCUUUAGCAGGGCGGGGCCCGGGGCGGUGCCCCGCAGCCAGCAGCUAAUUGGCCUCAGGAAGGUCCUGUACCGGGCUCUCCGCUCGGCCUUCAGAGCCUCGCGCAGGGCCACCUGUCACAUGCUCAAAGCGUUCCCGCUGAACUCUGAGGUCGACAAUGUGACCAACUACGUGUGCGCGGUGCCUCUGAAGGAGCUGGGGCUCGGCCUGGGCAUCGAGCACCUCGGGGACGAGCAGGCGCAGGAGCUGACUGAUGACUACAGCCUUCCAGCCCUCAAGAUGCUCUUCCAGCUGUGGUUGGGUCAAAGUUCAGAAUGUUUGCGACGUCUCGCUCUUCUCCUCUCGCCGCACCGAAUUGCAGAGUCUGAGGAAGACAGAACCAAAGAAGACACCUACCCUCCUUCAUCCCACCCACCGCCUCCGCUUCACCGCUCCGUCGCUGCCGUGACCGAGCCCCUCCAUCAUGCUCUAGCCAGCUGUCUCGCCGACGUUCAGCGCAGCUACGACUUCCACCGACACUUCGAGAUGCAGCCGAGGUUGUCGAGCUCCGACAAGAACGGGCGUGCGAGGGAGAAAUGCAGAGAGCUGAACACCCUGCACACGUCCAUCCGAAGCCUGCAGCUUCACCUCAAGGCGCUGCUCAGCGAGAUGAUUAUCUUGGAGGAUGAUCUAGAGAAGCUGAUGGUGUCCAAGCAGCUAACAGAUUUAACCCUGGAAGGCUACCGCGACCUGAACGAGCGGCUGCAGCUGCUGCAGCCCCACAUGCAGGCCAGCGCUGGCUGCUGGGAGGACACAGUCAGCCAGGUGGAGCGCAUGCUAAGACGAGCCAACUCCUCUCCAGGUAAUGCUGAUGACACUGAGCAGUUUGGUCCUCUGGUUCCUGAGGUUCCUGCUCCUCCAUCCUACCCUCUAAUUCUGGACAGAGACCCCGUGCCGGAGGAAAUCGAGCUGGAGGCCUACGUCUCCGACUCGGACUCUGACGGGGAGGGAAGAGGGUCGUGGUCCGACUUGCUGUCCCCAGAGGAGCGGGAACGACAGCGGAGGGAGAGGGAGGAGUCUCGUCGCGUCCUGUCUGAGCUGAAAGCCGUCCUGGGCUUCCGCGCGUCCGACGGGGAGAGGAUGAAGAGGAAGCAGAUGCUGUUCAGCGACCAAGCGGCUUCAUCGCCUUCAGUUCUGAGUCAGGGUCAGGAUCCCGCUGCUCCCAGUUCUGUAAGCGCUGCAGGAACUGGUGCUGAGGAAGGAAACUACCUAUCAGAGCGCCAUGCAGGAAACGACGUGGAGGAAGAGGAAGGAAGCUACGACAGGGUGAGGCCCGACCCUGUCACAGAGUUCAGCUGCGGCCUGGAGGAAAGGGAGACGGGAGGACCCUCCGUCUGUGGCGGAGGAGGAACGUCAGAGCUGCACCAGUAUGACGGUGUCGCUGAGGAGGAAGAAGAGCGUCAGAACGGUCUGGACUGCUUCCUGAAUCCUAAAAUCCCCGCCGUCUCUGUGAUGGACAGACUGACUGAGAUCCACGGCUCAGAGACUCUCAGCUUUAGCUCCGCCAUUGCUGCUCAAGUGGUGGCGCGCUCGCAGUCGCUUGUCAACAUGGAGGAGCAGACGUUUGGAGACGACGAUGAUGAUGAUGAGGAGGAGGAAGGGGAAAACGCCAUCAUCUCAGAGAAGAAUUAAACAUCAAGCUGGCUGCUUUAACCGAGCAGAGACAGUAUUUAUGUCUGACUGUCUGUUUGGUCCGUAUUACGUCCCGUUAUGUUCCAGCUCUCAUCUAUCACUGUGCUUCACCUACAAUUCUUAUUGCUGUGGAAACUCAGGAACAAGACCCACUGACACAGUGGGGUUCAAGUAGCAGAUUAUCCUCAGAUACAACCAGAUAAUUUAGCAUCGUCUGUCUUACCUGUGGAUGUAAUAGAAAAAAACAUCUCCUUCGCUGUAAUCACCUUUCAUUUAGUUGAUUUGUUGUCACCUCACAUGGUUACUGAUGGAAGAAGAAAGAGCUUCACUGCUCAAUUGUUUACCCACUACACAAAUGUUUAUAUUGAAUUUAGCCAAAUUGAUCUAUAAUUCGAACUUUUUCUGCUCUUAAAGACG